CUUCUUCUCGAGUUCUUCUAAUGGCGUCGAUAAGCCAAGCCCCCUCCUCUUCCGUCGUCUGCCGGAUUUCUAGGUCUUCAUUUCCAUCCUCGAUGAUUCCUCGGGCUUCCGUUGCUCCUCCAAUGCUUCCGAAUCUCACAGCUCAGCUCUCGUCUCACCGUGCUAUGGUUGUUCGGCGGAGGAACAGGGUUUCUGGGGUUAGAGCUAUGGCGACUGAUGGAGAGUACUCAUCGAGGAGGAGCAGCAGUAGCGAACCGAGGGAGACGAUCUUGCUUCCUGGAUGUGAUUAUAACCACUGGCUUAUUGUGAUGGAGUUCCCCAAGGAUCCGGCUCCGACUCGAGAGCAGAUGAUUGAGACCUAUCUCAAUACCCUCGCCACAGUGCUUGGGAGAUUCAGUUCUUAUUUCUUGUGUAUCCCCUGCAGCAUGGAAGAAGCCAAGAAGAACAUGUAUGCCUUCAGUACCACCACCUAUACUGGCUUCCAAUGCACUGUAUCUGAAGAGACAUCAGAGAAAUUCAAGGGUUUACCAGGUGUUCUCUGGGUACUGCCCGAUUCCUAUAUUGAUGUAAAGAACAAGGAUUAUGGAGGUGAUAAAUAUAUCAAUGGGGAAAUAAUACCUUGCAAAUACCCUACCUAUCAACCUAAACAACGUACUUCGAAAUAUGAGAGCAGAAGGUAUGAAAGACGCCGAGACGGCCCUCCGCAGGAGCGGAGAAGACCAAGACAAGAAACUCAACCCAAGCCAGCAUCCUAAUUGGUCGAAUGUUUACUGUGUUUGUUUCAGGCCACUUGAUGCCAUCCAGGAAGGGAUCAAACUUUAUGUCCAAGUCUAAGUUGGGAUUAGUUAAUGUGGUCUGAGUGGCAGUCUUAAAUGGAUGUUUAUAUCUGAUCUAAUUUUGGAUGCGAUAUUUAUGAGUAGUGAGGACCAUUGUUCCUUUGAUGCUAUUCUAUGUAAUGAAAACGGUGUCUCUAUUGUUUCAUUAAAGGAUUAAAGGAUUCAAUGAUUGGUGUUUAA